GAAGUUUCUUGUUUCGACGGAUAUAAAAGGGGGGCAGAACACACCCGUCUCCUCUCAACAUUCUAUCAUUAUCAGAACAAACAACCACACUCAUUUAUCUAUUUGGCGAACUAACGCCCGAGUCUAUCUUUCAAGAUGAAGUCCUAUUCACUCUCCCUCGUGACUACCAUCUUUCUAUCUACUGCCUCCCUGGCCACCGCAAAGACAUACACGACCAAUGUCCCAGUCAAGGAAAUCCAAGGAACUUCGUCCAUCCAGGGCAACUCGAUCACCUGGGUUGAGGAUGGCUUUAAGACCUCUAUUGACUGCGAUAACCAAGGAGAAAACAAGAAGCUCAGCCUCAGCGACAGCAAGAAGUAUGCUGGCUGCUGUCUCCCUGGGCAGAGACUCGUCGGGUCUCCUGAGACGGCUUUCGAUUGCUGUGCUGAGGGUCAUGAUCUCGCCGGCUCCAAAGACAGGGGAUAUAUAUGCUGCCCGGAGGGUCAGACCUAUGACGGUGCUACCUGCCAAGCUGCGGAGCCGGUGUGUGAGAACGGAAAGAUGCUGAAGAACGGAGAAUGUGUUUGUCCCAAGGGGACUAGAGAGGACGAUGAUGGAACCUGUGUUCCUGUUAAGUGCUCUUCAGGUUUGGAGACCGGGAAAUGCUACACCUUCAGAGGCGAUAACGGCAACCUCCUCGGCUUCGGUGGUGGCUAUUACAGCGCUGCGCCCGAAAGCAUUGCUCUGAAAUCCGGACGCUUCAAGCUCUGCAAAGAAGAGGAGUGCAAGACUGGAGAGGCCAUCAACCCGGCUGAUCAGGUGUACAUCAUGGACAUUCACGGUAACCCGCCCAACGGGGCGCACGCGAAUAGCUGGCUCAAUUCCGCCAAGAAUGGCGCACACGUUGGCAAGACGGCUAAUUUUGCGCUGGCCGGCAAGUUCUCUGUUACGAAGUGGCCUUGUGGAAAGUACUGCUUGGGUGGGUUUGACUAUGGUUUGGGUCCGGCUUGCCCGUCCAAGACGCCUGCCAUGACCUUCUACCAGAAUGAUAAGCAGGCGUGUAUUCCAUUCGAGUUCACCGAGGUGCCGUGUGAUGUGAAAGCGCAGGAGAACAACUGUAUCUGGAAGAAUAAUGAGGACCAAUGCUGUGGUGGCGCGGUUGAUUGCAGGAGCCCCUGAGAUUGACGCCUCGGCUCACUCUUUUGGUAAGAGUUCAUGCAAGGUGAUUGGUCAACCGAACUUGUGGCUGGUGGCAAGAUAGGUAUUAUGUGUAUUUAGUUUUAGUGAAG